AUGAGCGGGCCACACCUGGACGAGUGGCAGCGAAGGUCCUUUGACAUUUCAUCUGGCACCUGCACGCCACAACAGAAGGCCGACGCUUACCGAGCCCACAUCCUGGACAUUCAGUAUGCAUGGGCAAGCCAGCAGAUAACUCAAGCCGCGCGGAACCGGCUGCUGCGGACCUACAGCGAACGCUAUGCUGCCGUGCUGGACUCUGAUGACCCCAGAAACGGCCUAAACAACUUUGCAGAGAGCGCAUUGCAUUUGGCCCGGAGUCAAAAAAACCAAAGCGAAAAGUGGGAGUCAGGGUUGAGCCUCGAAGGGCUGAUGCAGAUGCCGUGUGUGCAGAAAAUGAUUCAUGCGAAAAGUCAAGAGGAUGAGGCUAUAGUGAAGCCAGAGGAGGCAAAUGUAAAAGUAGGACAAGAGGAGGAACAGAACGCUCCAUCAGGCGGAAACGGAAACCAGGAGGGCGCUAUUACUGACGAACGGUUGAAAAACUUUGAACCGAAAAUCAUCGAGUUGAUUAUGAGCGAGAUUAUGGAUCACGGGCCUCCGAUAAACUGGGAAGACAUCGCCGGGUUGGAGUUCGCUAAAACAACUAUCAAAGAAAUCGUGGUUUGGCCGAUGUUGCGUCCGGAUAUCUUCACAGGUUUGCGAGGCCCCCCGAAAGGCAUCCUACUCUUCGGUCCACCGGGAACUGGGAAGACUCUAAUCGGAAAAUGCAUUGCUUGCCAGUCCGGAGCUACCUUCUUUAGCAUUAGCGCCUCCUCGCUUACUUCCAAGUGGGUGGGAGAAGGCGAGAAAAUGGUGCGUGCUCUUUUUGCGAUCGCGAGAUGCCACCAACCUGCGGUAAUUUUCAUCGACGAGAUUGACUCCCUGUUGUCGCAGAGAUCGGACAGCGAGCACGAGUCGUCGCGGAGAAUCAAGACAGAAUUUUUGGUUCAACUUGACGGAGCGACGACGGCCGCCGAAGAUCGGAUUUUGGUUGUGGGCGCUACCAACCGCCCGCAAGAGAUCGACGAAGCAGCGAGAAGGCGUCUUGCCAAGAGAUUGUACAUCCCCUUACCGGAAGGAGGAGCAAGACGGCAAAUUGUGACCAAUCUGAUGUCUAGAGAAAGAAACAGCUUGAAGGAGAGUGACUUGGAAAGCAUUGUAGGCGCGACAGAAGGGUUCUCGGGAGCGGACAUGACGCAGCUGUGCAGAGAGGCGGCGUUGGGACCGAUCCGUAGCAUCCAGUUCGCGGAUAUCGCCACAAUCUCGGCGGAUCAGGUGCGUCCGAUCACCUCCGUGGACUUCCAGGAGGCGCUGAAGACGGUGAGGCCCAGCGUGUCGAACAAAGACCUGGAGCUGUACGAAGACUGGAACAAGACUUUCGGAUGUGGGAGAUGA